CCCGUCUCGCCAUAUCGUUGGGCCGAGUUGCUGCUUCCCCCAGUGCCUGUCCGUCUUCACGCAUGCCCGAAAACGCGAACUCACAGACGUCUCAGGCCGAGGAGACAAAGGUUGAGGAAACGGAUGUUACCAGUACACCUGAUGGUAGGCACGUUAGGUACUAUUUCGAGGAUGAGAUGUCUAUUUUCUCCGUUGAAGGCAUAUUGUUCAAGGUCCAUCGUCACUUUCUUGCACGAGACUCCGACGUUCUUGGUGAUAUGUUUAAACUCCCAUCGGGAGAGUCGGAGGGCGUGGAGGGGAGAGAAGAUGCCUCGCCUAUCGUGUUCCUGGAGUGACGAUAGCAGAGUUCGAGACAUUGCUAGACUACUUCUACGAAACGUAAGUCGUUUAGAGUCGCUGCGUAUAUUGCAUGUGCAUUGAGCAUUGAGCAACAAUACACCGCGGUCAGCCCUUACGAUAACCUAAAUUUGAACGCAAAGACGAACAAACUGAAGUGGACGCG